CCGAGUUUAAAAAUUUCCUGUUUCGGGUUGCCAAUUAAUCCGUAAAUGUAAAUGUCUUUGAAAAUUAAUAAAUCUAUUCUAACACUGUAACCAUAAAUGCAGACUUCCAACAAAGAUCAGCUUUCCUUGGUGUUGCAAGUGUCCAUGGGCAGUAGUGACCACUUAUUAUGAGGUAGACCGCUUACCCUUUUACCUAGAUCAACAAAAAAAAGUUGAUUUGUGACAUUUUUAACUGUUUUUUUAUUGGUCUGUCCGGGUUCUGGGCUCCGAAAUCCGGGGUUAUCACGCCUCUGAUCCUGGUUGCCACAUUUUAGAGAUGGCAGCCCUAUCUAUCAAUGUCAAACUUGAUUUGUCAAAUUCACGCGCGGCGAUGUGAAUGUAAAUACGGAAAAUUAUUUCUUAUCGUUUCUUUAUAAGUCAAUGUUGUUAGAAACUUUAGUUUUACUAUCUUCCAUUACCAAACUGGAAGUUCAAGAUGAAAUGCCAUAUCCCAGGGCCCAAUGUGAAAGUUCUAGGAAGGACAGUGCAUGCUCUCGCCAGAUUUGGGGAUGAGCUCUAUCUGGAGUCACUUCCAGACAGCAUUUUAUUAAGAACAUUAAAUGCAGCAGAAUCUGCUUACGCCAUGGUUAAAUUCAACAAAAACUUCUUUUCUUAUUUUAAUCACAAUUAUUACUCUACUGAGGAUAAUGAAGGUUUGAAAUGUAAAAUAUCAAUGAAAUCAGCAUUAAACACCUUUAAAUCUCCUUCCCACAUGGAUAAACAAGUAGAAAACUUAGAGAUGAAACUAGAUGUUGAUGCAUCUAAAUUGAUCUUCCAGAUAAAGUGUAAACAUGGAAUUGUGAAGACACAUUAUGUAACAAUUUUAGAUUGUAAAGCCAUGCAAGCAGUUUAUACCAAAGAUUUAGUACCCAACAGAAUAACUUCACCACAAAGAAUAUUAUCAGAAGCUCUUAGUAACUUUCAAAAUUCUGAUGACCAAGUAACAAUCGAGGCUACAACACAUUCAUUAAUCCUGCGGAACUAUGUGGACUCAAAUAUGGACUUGACAAAGAUCAUAAGGACACAAAUAAAUCUCAAGGAGGCUGAAUUUGAUAGCUACUUAAUUGGUGAAGAGACAACAAUCACAUUUACAAUUAAAGAAUUCAAAGCUUUACUUGUUUUUGCUGAAGCACUAAAUUUACCUCUGCAACUACACUUUGAAACUACUGGACGACCUGCUGUUUUCAUUGUACAUAAUGGUGUGACAUUUGAAGCACAUUUUGUCCUAGCAACAUCUAAAGCUGAUAUUCCAACUCAAGCAACAUCAACUCAAAACACCUCCAAAACAGAGAGAAGUAAAAGAAAAGAUAAUAGCAUUCAGAAUACAUCAAGAAAGAAACCACACUUGGAGCCUGAUAUAUCAAAAUGCUUAGAUGAAGAUUCGCAUUUAUUUAAUUUUAUUGAUAUACCUGAAGAAAAAAUCAGAAAUAACAUUGAAAAUGAAAAUUCUGAUAAACAAAUUGACUUAGACUGCAGUAACAUUAUGAACAAUGAUAAUAUUCCAGCUUCACCCACAUCAAGAACUAUGAUUAAAUCUGUUUUUAAGAGAUGCUUUGAAAACACUUUUGACCCUAGAGCUAUUCAAAGAGUUGUUUUGGCAGAGAACUCUGAUAUGGGCUUGGAGAUAGAUGUAUGGAGGAUGGAGGUGAUCUCAACCAAGCAGCACUACUCUUUACCUUAGAUCCAUAACUAUUAGUGAAACACUCUUUUUACACUAUUAAGUGGAAUAUCAUUUGGUGCCAAUUAUAAUCAGUUUUAUUGAGUCACAAUUUCAUAACUAUUAUCCUGCAAAAUAAUAUGUGGUAUAUAUGACAGUGGUUAAAUAACCAUUUGUCAGUGCAUACUUAUCGAAUUUGAUGCUACAGCAAGAGCAGCAACAGUUCUCUCACCCAUGGAGAGGUGGCACUUUAUACUUUAAAUUUACAUAUUUAUAUGGGCUUUCUUGCAAAUGAAAAAACAGUUAUCACUGCAUUAUAAUUUUAUAGCAAAAAAUAUACAUACACAGUAAAAAUAUAUACACACUUCACAAAUUCUUGUUUAAUGAAGAAAAUCUAUGAUUGGGGUUUGUGAAGUUGCAAUGGUAACAAAUACUCCCCGCAUGACACUGCAUACAAAGAUACGACGUAUAUAUAACAGAACUUUUAUGGGGAAAAUCCAUUGCAUAAUGCCAGCUAAGUAUGUAUUAUUUCACAUAACUUUAGAAUAAAGAUAAUAUAGGGCUAGGUGUUGAAUCGAUACAAUUUGAAGUUUACAAAAUUGUUUUUUAUUUAGUAAAAAUUAUAAUUAGUUAUUAAAUUUACUACUAAAAUUAGCACUAGAAUAAAAAUUGUGUUCCAGAGAAGCGACCAAUGUAUACAUUCAUUGUUUCGGUAACUAACACUUUACAUACACAUUAUAAGAUUUAAAAUCUUUUACGAUUUUUCUAUUUAUUGUUGUGUUAUUGCAUGUUACAAAUUAUUAUUUAUUACACAAAAAUAAGUAACAAAAAGUAAACAGGAGUCAAUUUCAUUUUUUAAUUUGGUUUCUACUUUACAGAGAGAGAUCAAUAAAUCUUUACCACAAUGUGAAGUGAUGAAGUGGAUAAAAAUUCAGAUGCUUUUCAUCUUUAAAAAAAUUACCAUACACAUUUUAUUAUUAUAACAAUAGCUAGCUAACACGUCUUAAAAAAGAUGAAAAAGACCUCAAACUCUAUUUUUAAUUUAAUAUUUAUAAAAUACGGCAGCGAUACCAUUUAAUUACAAUAAGUAUUUUUAAUCAAUUUCAAUAUUGUCUCUGGCCCAGGUGUAAGGGCUUAUGUCACACAGGGCCUUCUUCAACGUCCUAACUGAAUCACCAAACACUCACUAUCCAACUAAAUUAAUGAAAAAGGGCACUGUAUUUAGGAACAAUCCUCUUGGCUCUUUCUCACACACUGUGCUACUUUCCUUUUAAACUCCGAAUAUGAUUCUCUCCAUUCCUUCUGCAAAAAGAAAUAUAAUGAGCACACAUCUACAAAUGAUAUGCUUCAGUUGGUGUUUGAGAUCAGUUGGCGCAGUGACCUAAUCUAAGUGAUUAACACAGCAUCAUGUGAAUAUAAAUGUCCCAUGGCCCUUUUUCAAUGAUACUAUUCUGUGAUCUAAAUUUCCCUCACUCCUAAAAGCAAUCUUCUUGACUUUUCCUAACACAUCUGGCAACUUUCUUUUUGAAAUCCGAAUAUCGCUCUCUCCAUUCUUUCUGUGGAUACAAUUAAAAAUAAAGUAUGCCUGAAUAGAAGUAACAAUUUUAAUUGUUACAAGUUUUUUUAUAAAAUAAAUUAAUAUUCAUAAGUAAAGAAAAUCAUUAAUUACAAUUAAAGGAUAAGUUAAUUUUAUAAUUGCUAUAGUAGUAUCAAAAAGAUGACACUUAGGGCUCUUUCAAUAUAUACUUUUUUUCAUACAAAACGCACCGUACAUUUUGUAUGAAAAAAAAGGAUCGUCCAUAUGCUGUACGACAAACGCACCGCUUCGGCACCGCAGCAGGCCGUCAAGAAACGCAUAAAUUGAAAGGGCCCUUAGAAGCAAAUUAUAAUAAAUCUUAAUAACUGUCUAAAACCACAUCUUGUUCCAUAAGUGGUUCACUAAUGGAACAAGAUGUGGUUUUGAACUGAUAAAAAGUAUUUUAUGUGUAAAGGGUAUAAUCAUCCUGAUGUUAAAUUAAUAAUGAAUAAAAAUAUAUCUGAUUAGCUUACUAACCGCAGCAUCAACAUUAGCAGGACUUUCAUCAUUUGGAUCAGCAAGCAUAGAGAUGACACUUAUAAGGAUGGUCUCUACAGUGUGCACUGGUAGCCACCUCUCAGAUGCUUUUUCAUAACCCCAUUUGUCAUCUCCAGGCUCAUGCAGUAUUGAUAUGCAUACAUCACCAUUCUUUUCAACUGAAAAUUAAUUUAUUUUACUAUUUCAACUAAUCCACCUGUUUAGUUUAAUUUCAUUAAUUAAUAUAGUCAUCAAAAUUUCAUUCUUUGUCAGUGAGGUGACUAAAUUCAGCUAUUAAAAUAUUGGUCCUGGCUACCUUGGUCCUCAUGACAUGCAUCCCAGAAUAAAGGUGAAAAAGAUUUUUUUAAUUGUGCAGGAAAAUGUUAUCCAACUUAACAGUUAUAAAGAACUUACUAUUUGGAUGCCAUAUUUCAGUAACAAAUUUCAUUCGUGGUGGCCUUAGAGGAUAUUCUUUAGGAAAAUGCAAAUGAGCUUUGAAGAAUCCACCCUCACUGAAAAAAAGACUCAUAUUUACUCAAAACUCAAUUGUUGAAUAAUGUUACAGAACGAAUUGAUUUAGCAUUACACAAAAAUAGAAACAUCUACAAUACUUCCUACUCACUAUAAUGUAUCUGGAGGUCCAAUAAUGAGUACUUCCCAUCUAUAAAUAUCAUUGUCAUCUAUCAAUCCAGCAGAAAAACCUUCUACUGGAUUUUUGUUCAGUUCUGAAACAAAUACAGCUGUAACUGUAGAGCUCUUAGAUAUUGACCAAUCUUCACUUUUUUUGAAAUUAUAAGAAUCAUUGCCAGAAGGAAUUGUAAAUAUAAUUUGCAAGUUAUUUUGCUCCUUCAUUUCGAUAAGAAUAGCUGUCAUUGCGCCUACUAUUGAUUUUAUUCCCAACAACGCGACUGUUAGAUAAUUAUCGUGAAUUAACAACUGGGCAGAACGAAGAAAGAUUUUACCUUAAUGUUUUUUCCAAAUUGCAAAGAUGCCCAAAAUUCGACCCGCUAAGGUCAAUGAUUCCACGACAAGUCAUUUUGACGCUCGAAGAAAGAGUGACUCGACAAAUUAUUUUCAACGCACUAUAACGUACCUGCUAGCUGCUUUUUUAAUAAAAGCGAAGACUGUGGCUCUGACAUUAAUUACAAUUGUGAAAUUUACCCUGACGAUACGAAACAAAUGAUUUUCCACAAAAAGAUGGCUGGCUGAGAUUUAGGCAGGUUGUGAAACAUAUGAGUUGCAGCUUGUUUCCGGCGUAGAAUGUUACC